UUCUCUCUAAAGCCUGUUUUGAGCACCUCGUGCACCUUUUCAGAGCUCCAGCCUAAAGAGUUUUCACAGUGUUAUCUGGGUCACCUCUCUUCCAGAUUUCACACCAGCAGAGAGGUGUUAGCCCAGACUAGCUGACCAGAAAGACCAUCAUCGUUUGAUUUCAGCCUGAGCCCAACUUUUCUGUCUUGAUCCUUAGAGACAAUGACUCAGGAGUCCCUCCUUUAAUUCCUGCUCUGUGGAUCCCCACACCAUGAUCUGAUGUGGGUGUCACUGCAUAGUUCACAGGGAAGAUCCUNCUGCUAGCUGCGUCUGGGCUGGUGCUCCAGGGAUUAAGGCUAGAAGUGCACACAUUUCUUUUUCAUAUAAGCUCAGCCUCAUGUACUUGGAAGUACUUUGGAUAUAGAUUAAGAUAAAGGUUCCCACUUUGAAUGAUGGGAGCCGAAGCCUCUGUCAAAAUUGCUGGGCUGGCAGGGUGGAUGGAGAGGGUAGUUUGGGCUUGGAUUACCUGUGUUCAAGAGAAGGUUAAAGACAUGUUUUGUUUUGUUUUCAGGUGUUUUCCUGACUCUAUAGACCUGUGCUUCUAGUCUCCUGCAAUCCUAAACUUCUGACUCUCCUGACCUCCGCUGGACUGGAUUCUCGGUAAUCUGUGAUCUGUCAUCUCCUGGCAUCCUGCAUCAGGUUGUCUCUGAGAAGAGGAGUCUCUGGAUCACGCACAGAACAGAGUCCUCCUUGUCUAUGAAAUGCAGUUAUCACAGCAGCUGGACUUGUUUCCUGAAUGCAGGGUGACCCUUCUGUUAUUUAAAGAUGUAAAAAAUGCAGGAGACUUGAGAAAAAAGGCCAUGGAAGGAUCUAUUGAUGGUUCAUUGAUAAACCCCAAUGUGAUUGUCGAUCCAUUUCAGAUACUUGUGGCCGCAAACAAAGCCGUUCAUCUCCACAGACUGGGAAAAAUGAAGACAAGAACUCUGUCUACUGAAAUUAUCUUCAACCUCUCCCCAAAUAACAAUGUAAUGUGUUGACUGGCUUUAUUUCUGCUGGCCUUGUCAUCUGUGCCUGCCCAGACCCUGCUGCAGUGUGACACUGAGGGCUAGGUUUCUCCAAGGAGGCCGUUAGUACCAAGCCAGANUAGUUAUGUAGAGAGGCCCGGGCGGAGACGUUUAGCUCUGCACACAGCUGUGGACUUGGUUUCUGAUCAGAGUUUAACCAAGUGGGGCUAGGAUCAUCUGCACUUUUAAUGUCACCUGGAGACAGAGGUA